CUAUUUCCUCUUCACCCGCUCAUUUCUCCUUUCUCAAUUUCCUCCUUUGCUUAUUCUUCUCAAAAAUCCUCUUCUUUUCCCUCCUUAAUUAAAACCCUAAUUCUUGAUUUCUUUCCCUCUUUUUUCUCUAGUUUGAAUUUCCCCCUUUUUUUUCAAUUGAUCCAUAUUUUAUUUAGAAAUUGCAAUUGCAUAAACCCUAAAAGUAGUAUGGGAAAAUACAUGAAGAAAGCAAAAAUCACAGGAGAUGUUGCAGUAAUGGAAAUUCCACAAUCUACUUCUGUAGGUGUUCUUACUCGGGCUCGAACUCGAAUUCUUCAGUCAAAUCCUGAACUCUCUUAUCUUCAACUUCGGACUCGAAGGCUUCAGAAACCCCCGUUUCAAUCUCCUUCUAAACAACCCAGUUGUGAUAAAAACCCUAAUUCGGACAACCAGAUUUCGAAUUCUAAGUUCCGAGCUAACUCAGUGACCUCGGUUACUUCGGAUGCUUCCAAGAAGUCUCAUGGAUGUUUUCGUUAUUUAUCUGUUGCUGAAUCCCAGGAUUUUCAUGAUCUUGCUUCUCUUGAGCCUUCCUUUGGCGAGAAUAAUUUGGAUUUUGAUUCUAGAGAAAGGAGCACCCGAGAGAGCACUCCGUGCAGUUUGAUUAGAGACUCGGAAAACAUAAAAACGCCUGGAUCGACGACCACACCAACAUGCUCCACUGCAACAAAUCAGAGAGCUAGAAAUACACAAACAAUCCCAACAAACCAGGAGAUAGAGGAGUUCUUUGCUGAAUAUGAACAUAGCCGGCAGAAUCAUUUCCUUGAAAAGUACAACUACGACAUUAAGAACGAUGUGCCUCUUUCAGGACGAUACGAAUGGGUACGAGUAGAUACAUAAGAGGGAUAUUCUUGCAAAAAAAGUUCUGAAAAAUAGCCCAGAAGGUAUUGUGUAACCUGUUAUUUGUGUGCAGUAUGUACUCCUAAGUCCUAACCCUUUCGUUUGAGUACAAGGUAGGCUGAGGGGAGGCUAGGGAAGGAGGUAGCACGAAUCAGACUCGGGUUUUACAUGGAGAAAGUUACAUGCUUUAGUUGAGACAAGACCCGAUCUUCUCUAACCUUUUCAUUAAGAAUAUCCUAACCGGAAGAUAAAAUAACUAUAGUUAAGAGUUUAGUUUAUAGGUGAUUAUUAUAGAAGUAAUUUAUAAGUAUAAUACAUUGUGACGUUAUUAGCAUGAAUAGUUGUUAACUACACCAUUGUAAUUUAAUGGAUUUGAUGAACAAUGUUGUUUUAAAUAUCAAUUUUUCCCUUCUUCAUUAUGGUUACAUAUUUA